AACUUCCGUCAUGCGUAAAACUUGUUGACAGCUUUCAACCUUACCUUAGGCAAGAUAAAGACUAGAUCUAGUUCAGAUACACCGUCAACAUUGUCAGAUGAAGAAAGUCUCCCUUGGAAGAAGAGAUAAAAGCAAAAAAUUGUUUUUGUGAACAAAGAUACAGAUACAAACUUAUGGCAAAACUCUUCCAAUAAUGUAACUUUUUUCAAGUUUAAAAAAAAAAGAAUCGUAUAUAAUCCAUUUAAUGUCGUAAACAUAAGAUGGAAGAUUUAGGAGAGAUGCCUUACAAGGAAGGUGACAGUGGUAAACUUUUAAUUGAGUCCAAUGAUCUUCAUCCCGAUGAUCUUCAUCAAAACGCACAUACCACAACACAAAUAGAGAGGCCAUUCAGGGAAGAUGAAAGUGGUAAACUUUUAAUGGAGUCUGAUGAUCUUCAUCAGAAUGCGCAUACCACAACACAAAUUGGAGAGAGGCCAUUCAAGGAAGAUGAAAGUGGUAGAGUUUUAAUAGGAUGUGAUGAUCUUCAUCAGAAUGCGCAUACUACAAAACAAAUUGGAGAGAGGCCAUUCAAGGAAGAUGAAAGUGGUAAACUUUCAAUUGAGUCUGACCAACUGCAUAUCCCUACACAUACAGGAGUGAAACCUUACAGGGAUGAUGAUGACGGAAGUCUUUUAGUAAAGUCUGACCACCUACAUCAGUAUAUGGCAGCACAAAUUGGAGAAUAUUACAAGGAACAGAACAGUGGAAAUGGAAGUGAUAAACGAUUUCUCGAGUCAGACAAUUUUAGUCAGCAAGUAGCGAAAACUGUGGAAGAGAAACCAAGCAAGGAUGAUGACACUGGUAAACUUUUAAUUGAGGCUGGUAAACUGAAACGGCACAUAGUAAAACAAAAGGGAGAGAAGCCAUACCAGUGUAAAAUCUGUGGUAACAGGUUUACUCUAUGCAACAGCCUAAAGAAACAUCUAAUGAUACAUACCGGAGAGAAACCUUAUGAAUGCAAUAUCUGUGGUAGCAGAUUUAUUCAGUGCAGCACAUUAAAAGUGCAUCUUAUGACACAUACAGGAGAGAAGCCUUAUGAGUGUGAUGUCUGUGGCAACAGAUUCACUCGUAGUAGUGCUCUGGAGAAGCAUCACAUGAUCCAUACAGGAGAAAUGCCUCAUGAGUGUGAAAUCUGUGGUAGCAAAUUUAGUAGGUAUAAUGCCCUCAAGACACAUCUCAUGACACAUUCAGGAGUGAAGCCUUUCAGCUGUGAAAUCUGUAGCAGAAGAUUUUAUCAGUCAUCUGACCUAAAUAGACAUCUCAGGACACAUACAGGAGAGAAGCCGUUUAAGUGUGAAAUCUGCGGCAAAAGAUUUAGUCAGGUAUGCACCCUAAGGAGACAUGAUGGAGUUCAUACAGGAGAGAAGCCUUAUGAAUGCGAUACUUGUGGUAAAAAGUUUAACCAGCUGAGCUCCCUCAAGAGGCAUCAAAAGACACAUGAUACAGAAGUUAAAGAAGACCUUGAAAGUGUGGUAUUUGUACCGAUGUAAAGACCAUUCAGUGAUUUGAUCUUAUAAUUAGAGACCUAUCUCAGGAUAAAAACAUACAUUGUACUUUAUAAAUGCAUGUAUGAUGUACCUUAUAAUUAUUUGACCUAAAAGUACACCUUCAUUUAUAAGUGCACCUCCACAUUUUUUCAGGAAAAAAGUAUGCAGGGCAUCCAGUUGACCCUUGACUUUUAGCAAUUUCAAAAGUCAAAUCACUAUUUCUGGGAAAUCUGAAGGGUCAAAACAUACUGUAAACGUGAUUAUUUUUGCGGGGGUUAAUUUCACGAUUUCAAUAUGUAAACUAUAUGCGAGGGGUAAUUUUCACAUUCGAUCCACUUUCGCUUGUAGUUCAAGAUUACGCAAAUUGAUAUCAAAAUAAAACGCAUGGGGGAAAUUUUCGCAAACAAAAGGAGUCCGCGUAAUUAGCUUAAAUUCCCCCCUCGCGUAAAUUUCAACAUUUACAGUAUGUCAAAUAGACAAGUCCCUUCAAACACAAGAGUCGGAUCUCAAUUUGAGGAAUCGAAAACAUAUUUAAACAUAUUAAACAUAUUCAAAAAAAGGGUCUACUGGAUGCCCUGGUAUAGGUGCACUAAUUAUAAUUGGGGUGAUGCAUGAAUUAUACAAAAACAGUUCCUUACCUCACUGAUCUUUAUGAUAUUCAGUCUUUGAAACAAAGACUCUGGUUUGUUAUCAUAAUACAGUAAGAUAUAAAUGUAAAUUGAAAUUUAAAAAAAAAAUCCACCCUGAUUUCACACAAGACACAUUUUCCUGUACAUGGUUUAUCAAGCACACCCCUUUUGUGUUAAAAUAUGAUGUGUCUAUGAUAAGAAAAUGAAAACAUCUCAAGACACUUAUGAGAAUUUUACUGUAGGUGUGAUAUUGUGUGUAAGUCAUGAUCAUGUCACAGCUUAAUACACACCCAAGAGCAAAUACAGUAGGGAAAUAUUUCACGAGUGACAUUUGUUAUAAACAUCAUAAUAUAUGUAAUCAAAAAGCAAUGUAUAGCCUAACACAUACAUUUGUACCAUGGUAAGUUUGUCCUGUAAAUAAAGAUUUGUAGGCAUUGGUGCCAUAUGAAGAA